UUUUAUUUACCAAAUAUGGUAAUUACUGGUUUGACUGUACAUGUGAUAAUAAUGUUAAUGUGUAUAUUAUUAUAUUAUGUAUUUUCAGCGAAGGAGAAGAUUGUAACAGAUGCUGGCAAGCUGUAUGUACUAGAUAUCUUAUUACAGAGAUUGAAGGAUGAGGGUCAUAGAGUACUGAUUUAUUCACAGAUGACCAAGAUGAUUGACUUAUUAGAGGAGUACAUGUGGCAUAGGAAACACACAUACAAGAGACUAGACGGUUCCUCGAAGAUUUCCGAACGUCGUGAUAUGGUGGCAGAUUUCCAGGCGAGGUCGGACAUCUUUGUAUUCUUGCUCAGUACACGAGCUGGUGGUCUCGGUAUUAACCUGACAGCAGCAGACACUGUGAUAUUCUAUGACAGUGAUUGGAACCCGACAGUAGAUCAGCAAGCUAUGGACCGAGCUCAUAGACUGGGUCAAACAAAACAGGUUACAGUCUACAGGUUGAUCUGUAAAGGUACAAUAGAGGAACGUAUUCUACAGAGAGCAAAAGAAAAAAGUGAAAUCCAGCGUAUGGUGAUCAGUGGUGGUAGCUUCAAGCCAGAUACUCUCAAACCUAAAGAAGUUGUCUCCUUGCUUAUAGAAGAUGAUGAACUACAGAAUAAAAUCAAGAUGAGAUCAAGAGAUAAGAAAGACAAAGAAGAACAAUACAAGGAGAAAGACAGAAAAAGAAAAAGAGAACAAUAUGUAAAGAAGAGGGAGUCAAAGAAAGCUAAAACAGAGGAACAGAAUAUGACUAUACCUGCACCAGAUACUGACUCAUUAGCCAGCUUUGAUUCCUCCAGACCUGUUAGUCCUCAAAGUGAGUUGUCAGUUGGAAGUGAGACUCCCCAGCAGGCCAUGUUUAAUAUAGAUGACAGUAGCAAUGAUGCCCUGGUGAUAGUUGAUGACGCCUCCACCACACCUACACCCACACCCAAGAAGACGAGGGGUCGGGGAAGACCCAAGGGUUCUGGAGUGGGUAGAGGUCGACCGAGGGGUCGAGGAGGUACAAAAAGGGCAUUGUCUGCUGCAGAGAUAGCAGGGGCCCAGGCGGGGAUGACGGCAGCUUAUAAAGCUUAUGGAUAUAGUUAUACUGGGCCUCCAGUGAGUAAUUCGUCAUCUUUCAGCUCAUUAUCUGAUGCCACUAAAAAUUCCUCAAACAAAACUGACAAUAGUUGACAAAAAAUUGAAUAAAUUUGGAAUUGUGGGAAACAAAAUAUGUCAUGGAGCCCUCGCUAUGAUAAUGGCAGACCUGUGUUGCCAGUGUAGAGUCAGAUCUGGCAGUAUUAUGCAUUCAUACUUACCAGAUUAUAUACUAUUCGACUUAUCAGUAAUAAGUAUUUUGACUCUCAAAUCCCUGAAACAGAUAAAUGGACUGUUCCAACAUGAAAGCUGGGCUAGUUCAACUGACAAAUUCAAAAGUGAAUAAAAAAAAAGAUAUGCAAUGUGUAAUUGUUAUUCAUUUCAAUUUACCAGUAUGCCAAAUGUGCAUUUACUGGAUAUAGAAAAAGAAAGGGCUAGGCAAAGUUGUACACAAGAUAGGGACUUGAGAACAAAGUGUAUUUUUGCAGCAAAAAGACAUGUGUUGAUUUUUGUUUGUUUGUUUAGAGGUGGUAUACUGUAGAGUGUGUGUUCAAGGAUUAUUUAAUGUGUGCUAUAAACUUGUAAAAUGUUUGUUUUAUUGAAGAGAAACCUACACCUGCUGGAAUGGAUGGUGAAUAGCCUUUGCCACCAGUAUAGAGCCAGACCAGCCUGCACGUCCAUGCAGUAGUCUGACCAGGCUGUAGGCUGGCAAACUUUGAAUUUUCAUCCUGAGAACCCCAAAAUUAAUAAUUGACAGUUCUAAAAUGGAAGCUGGACAAGUCCAUUUUAGAAAUUCAGCAGGUUAAGGGUUAAGUCAAGUAAAGUAUGUAAUGUUAAAACUGAUAGUUCAAAAAUAUUAAGUUUGUGUUUGCUCAGUCAUUACUGGAUAGCUUAUAGAUUUCUGUUUCCAGGUUUGCUGUUCAGUAUAUAUUUAUUAUAUUAAUUGUUAUAUUGGAUAGCAUGACAGAUUUUAUGAAGUUUAAACAAGAUUGUUGUCGUGUAUUCAAGAUCAUGUUUUGCUAACUAUGUCAAAGAAAAUUGUUAACCAUAUUUCAAAGGUGAAAUUGUUCAAGAAAAUAUUAUUUUUUACCAGUUACAUAUACAUGUUUACACAUACAUGUACUUUGAUACUGAAAAAGUAAAUGAAAUACUAGUAUUUUCCCACACAAGGAUGGCAUUUAGUAACUUAUUACAUUGUAUUUAUAAAUUGUUCAUAUGGGUGCCUCAUAGGUCAAUAACAUUUUUGUUUACUGUAUUGUAUAUCAUUGAAAACCUCAGUUUGAAUCCCAUGUAAAUUUUACAGAUUUCAUUUCUCUUGCGAAAAAGUUAAGUUAUAUUAUUUUAAUCAUAUAAUCAGGUCCUUUACAGAGUAACAGCUCUUGUUCAACAGCAACUAAAUAUAUAUAGGUAAACACCAGUUAUAGUGGCAAAUUUCGUUUAAAAGGAGAUUGACGAUCCAUGUUAUAGAUUGAAAUGCUGUUGAAAUAGGUUGUAUUUUCAGCCUGUUUAUUAAAAUAUCUGCCUUGGUCAAAUCGGCUGUUUUCUUUGGCACAUCUGUUUCCUCAGAUAAAAAUGAAAAUCUGGAGUACUCAAUACUGUAUAUGUUUGUGAUAAAGUUUUCUAUAAAAAAUAAGGAAAUGUAUGAAAGAAUUUUGAUUUAGGUAAUACAAAGUCAGGUACCUACAGUAUGAUCUCAUACUAUAUAAUAUUAUUAUAUAUAUAAAUAAGCAUUAGAUCUACAGUUCACUAUGCAUGUUAAUAGCUUACUUAGCAAAUGAUUCUUGUAGCAAGAUUUGAACAAAUCAGGUGUUAUGCAAAUGGUUUUCAAUGGUCUUUUUUCUGUGUUUUUUGUUACUAAGGGAUUAAUAAUAUGCUUUGGUGUAUGCAACGUUUGGGCUAAAGAUUUUAUUAUUUGGUUUUAUGUCCAGUCUUUAUUAGUUAAUGAGGAUCUUUGAAUGGGUUGGUGGGAAAAAUGCUAUCAUAGGGUAAUGGUCAUUUUAUUCUGUUACAGCAGAGGAUAUAAAUGCAGUUUUACUUGAUUCAGACAGUCAGAUUAAUUUUGGCUCUACCAAGACAAAAAGUAAGUUUAAAUGAAGUGUGACAAAUAAUAGAUAAUUGUUUACCCUCUUACUUUUCUAAAACCAAGCCUGUACGCAGUCUGACCAGGCUACACUGUUAGCUGACCAAUUUCAAUUUUUUAAAUUUAAAUCCAAUAUAAUAAGAUAUGAUUGAAUAGUGAACAGUGCAGACCAUGAUUAGGUGGCACUAAUGUGCCAGUUGAUCAUGGUCUGAACUAGUAUCACGGGCACAACCUGUUGCAGUUUGCGUGCUAAGACUUGCGUUCCUUGAGCUAACAAUGUGCUGCUGUGACUUGAGCUGGACAAAUCAUGUUCUUUAUAACAGUAUUUCAUCCAGAAAUAUAUCUACUGCCCUACGUCAAACUUGUUUAACAAAGGCCACCCAUUGAAGAGACUGAACAUGGCCUUUACAGACAAGCGGUUUUUAUUAACAGGUUACUUUGGGGGGGGGGGGUAUCAGAAAAGGGUUGUUGAAAAGUGGUGUUUAUUUACAGGGUGGUCUUUAUUCUGAGAUGGACUUUCACAAAUUUGACCAUAUGUGUAGUUUCCAUUUUAAUUUACUAAUUUUUAUAAUGAAUUUUCCCAACUUCACAGUGUUGAUGAUUAACCAAAUUAAUGAUAAACAGUUUUACCUAUAUGCAUUUGUAUGACAUUGUAAUUUUCUUUAUUUUGUGAUUCAGUUUAGUCACAAGUGAAAGUGUUUGUUAGAUUUGUUAAAGGUCUUUGAAAUGUGUUAUUGAUUGAAGAAAAUGUACAAUUUAUUAAUAUGAUAUUGAUUUGUGUAUUAAAGACAGGAACCAUGAUUUAUUCUGUAGGGAUUUAUUAACGUUGUCUUGUUUUUUAUGUAUAUUUGGUAUAGAUAUUGAUAAUGCAUUUGAUUUAUGAAAUAGAUAGUUGUUUAUAAUGUUCUAAUUAUAGACAUAAAAUAAUAAUAAGUACAGUCUUGUUUAUUUGUAGAGAUGUUACAAUUUUAUAAAUUAAUAAUAAAGUGUCUACAUUUCUAA